AAAAUUCACGCGGUGUUGACGGCUAGUAUCUGUGAUCAUCAACAAACCUGUUAAAAACCGAUAGAGUUGUGUGGCCUGAAACCUAAUGUCUAUUUAUUUUGUAUUAAAAGCAAGACUUUUUGCUGUGUUAACUAUCCGCCCUAAUCUCUUAAACUUAAGGCUACUUCAAAGUAGUCCUAUUGACCACAGCAACAGCAAUGUCUUAACAAUUACAAAGUCAAGACAAUUUCAUCACCCUGCUGCUGGACCUGUACUGGGUUCAUCAUUAAAUACAAACACAAGAGGACAUCUUUUGCAGAUUCUUAGUCUUAAUGGUUUUAAAAAUCUUCAUAUUCGCAUCUGUCACAAUAUAAUAUUUAAACACUUUUCUUCUUGGAUAAUUCCUGGUCAAUCAUAUGUAAUGGGACGACGGAAAGGAAAAAAACCUCGAGUAUUGCAAGGUCCCCUGCAAAAUCCAGAACUCCACUCAUUUAACUCAUUGGCUUCAAGAAGCACUAACUUUGAUGGAAGUAAAACUAAUCAAAGCAAGUGUAAUUCACAUCCUAAAGGUUUGAAAAAGUUUCAACAUCUCUCAAAGGUUCCAACAACAAUAAAUGUUGUUGUUAUAGGCACAGGAGGCCCUGGUACUUCAAAAUCAAUUCUUGUAACUACAGAAUAUUCCAGGUAUUUAAUGAGACCCUUAUUGUUGAUGUAACAUUGAUACACAGUAAUUUUAGUUCUAAGUUUAUUUAACAUUUUAAACUGUUGUUGUUAUAUUUAUGUGUAAACUUAUUUUUAAAAUUAUAAAUCUAUAGCCCAAAGUCAAGUGGCAAAAGCCAAUGCCUACACUUCAGGCUACAUAACACAUUUGAAUUAUUAAAUGAAGUAAUUUUAAGCAAGCUACAGUUGGCUUACAGUUACAAAAUUUCCAAUUGGUUUUUUGCUGAUUUAUUCCAUGUCCAUAUUUGAAAUUUGUUAAAAGGAAGACCUAAUAAUUAUUAUUUUAAAUUUUUGAUGGACUAAUCAACUAGCUUGAUUAUUAAUCACACUAUGUUCCUACUAUAAGUAUUAAUCUAAUAAUAAAAACUUCAUUAAAGUUAAAGUCACCAAUAUGUUUUUACAGGUACAUGUUUAACUGUGGUGAAGGAACACAAAGACUAGCUGCAAUGAGUAAAGUGUGAGUCCAGUAAAAAAUCAGAUAGUAUAUUUAUUAUAAGAAAGCAACUUUUUUUUUUUUGCCUCCACUAUUUUUAUGGUCAUGGUUAUAUUUCUUACUUAUACUUAUCCUCUUAGUCUUAGUUAUAAUCAUCAAACUUUUUCUUUGAAGGCCAUUGAAGCUCAACUCAACAUUGCAUUUUCAUGUAUUUCUCACCAGACAAUUUAAGACACCGCUACCAUGUAUUUCUCACCUGAUAACUUAAGACACUCCUACCAUGUAUUUCUCACCUGACAACUUAAGACAUGUGUAGAUAUGUGAUUAAAUUUUUUUUUCCCAUUAGCUUAAGAACUACAGCAUUUGCAAAAAUAUCAGGUUUAGAGACUAUCUUCAUUACACACAAAAGCUGGGAAAACACUGGAGGUUUGCUAGGUAUGUUACUACGAUGUCUCUUAUUGGAAGCUAUUGAAUCUUGUGUAUCUAGAUAACUUGUAAGUUAUAGAUAGAUCAAAUUAAAUUUAAUUCAUUCAUCCCUGUGGUGCUAUAGCUCAUGGAGGGCUAUAGUAUGCUCCACUGCUUCCUUCCACUCAGACCUAAUUGAUGCUUUCCUUUUCCAUGCUUAGAUUCCAAGCUGUGGUAGAUCUUUUUCUGCAUAAUUUAUCCAUAAAUACCUUGGUCCGCCCUUGAUCUGUUUGUCUGUGGGGUUUUAGUGGUUUACCCUCUUCACCCCUCAGUCAUUUGGCAUUCUUUCUAGAUGUCUCACUCAGCACUGCCUGCCCUACUAUUGUGGGAUCCUGGCAAAAUUUGAAUUAAACUAUAUUUAAUUUGCUGUAAAACGUAAUGAAUUAGUUUUUUAUUGUUUAUUUUUUUAAAUCUUAAGUGUUAUGUAAAUAGGUUAUCUGGUUUUGAAUCACCAAAUAUAACAAAUAUUGACCAUUUAAUAUUAUAAAGAAAGUAUGUAUUGAAACUUUAAUGGGCAUUCAUAAUACAAUUUAGCUCUAAAUAUAUUUGCUUAUGCUAAUCAACUUAUUAUAAAUUUUAAGCCAUUUAAAAAAUUUCUUUAUUAGGUAUGGCUAUGACUUUAGAAGGCCAGAAGAACCCAGACUCUAAAACAUAUCUCUCCAGAGACAUUAGUGUAAAGGCAUUUUCUAAAAAUGUUCCAGAAGUUAAAAUUUAUGGCCCUCCAAAUGUGGUUAGUAUUUUAAUUCUGUAUGUUAUAUUUCUCUUUUAAACCUAUGAUUUAAGUAAGUAAUUUGUAGUCUAUUUCCAUAAACUCAUUUAACAAAAAUUCUUUCUUGAAAGUCAGAUUUACUAAAUAUAAUGCACUUAAAAACAAAUUGGUAUUAAACAAAUACAUUUAAGUCACAUUCGUAGCUUUUUUUAUCAUCUCCUUGUUAUUUAAAAAUUACUGGUUUGCCUAAGUGCCAAUCUACUUCAGACAUUGCAAUUCAUUACCAAUAUUGGGAACAGCAAUAAAAAAUAAUAAAUUUAAUCAACUCACUAAAACUGUUAUCUGAACUCUGUAACCAAUUGAUUUUAUUUUUGUUUGUUUUUUUUUUUCAAAUUUGAGUUAUAAAACUAAAUUUUUAAAAUUUAAGGGACCACCAGAUUGCUAGAGGGUCCAUUUACAAAACAGGGUGAAGAAUUUCUGUCUAAUAGUAAAAUGGGUGCUUAUUUGAAAUGAUUUCAGGUUAUUUUUGCUAUCUUUUUGCAGGAAAAUAUUGCGAUGAUGGCCAAAAAGUUCAGCGUAUCAUCCAAUAUGAACAUAGGUCUGUAUUUCAUUUUUAACUUUUAAACAAGUUGCUUUUUUUUUUUUUUUUUUUUUUUUUUUAUUUUGUUUUUUUUGUUUUUUUUUUUUAAAAUUUUUUUUUUUUUUUUUUUUUUUUUUUUUUUUUUUUUUUUUUUUUUUUUUUUUUUUUUUUUUUUUUUUUUUUUGUAAUAGGUUUUAUAGGUUGUUUAAUUUAAAAUGUUUGUUUUAUUUUGUAGUUUUUUUUCCCCUUAAGUAAUUACAGUUUUAUUAUUGUUAGCGAAAGGUGAAGGAGUUUAUGAAGAUUUUGCUGUCAAAAUAGAGCCUGUUAGAUUCUUCAAAGAUGAAUCUCAGAGAAAUAAGGAAACAACAAGCGUAGAAAACCCAGAACCUGGUAAUUUUUAAUUUAUAUUAUUUUUUUUUAUCAUGUCGAGUGCAGUUAUGCACUGGAUUAGGAAAAUAGUUUCUAGUUAAAUAAAAUCCUUACAUUAUACUCUAGUCUAAAUCCAGUUAAUUCAUUUUUUAGUACAUUUUUAAAUUAAUGACUCAUUUUCUUAAAAAACUCUUUGUUAUUAUUUUAAAUUCUUAUUUUUGAUUAAGCUAAAAAACGUCAGAGAAGACAAAGCGACCCAUUAGUGCACAAUUCAAGAGAUGUCGCCUUUGCAUACAUCAUAACGGUAAAUCUAAUUGCCACUUUCAGGCAAAGUUAGAUAUAAUUAACCCUUACAGUACCCGGUGCAUCUUUUUGCAGUGACCUAAUUUUUCCCUGUGACCCAAGCGCGCCUUUUUUCACCAGCCGAUCGUUUUCCCUGUGGCCCAAGCGCGUCUAUUUGCCACAUAGAGGGGUAUCUAAUAAAAACACAGAAACGAGGAUAUAACCUUUCACCCCAGUCUCGGGCAGAAUGUUUAUUCUUUAGGGGAAUAGUCAAAUUAUAGUUUGCCUUUUAAAUUAUGAAAAUCGACCAAUUACUGAGUUUUUUAUGCGGAUCUGUAUUUGUUGUUUCCAUGGCGCUACCUAAUCGCUAUUGUUGAUGCCGACUUACGCCCACUUGAUGAAACCUUUUGUUCUGAAAUAUUAUUGAGCUUUAAUUGGGAUUAGAAGUGUUUUUUAAACACCCUUAUCCAUUUCUGAACAGAUAAUUCUCUACAUGUUAUUAUCAAUUGUUUAAAACAAAAAAGUUACAAAAUAAAUUAACAGUCCCAUCAAAUUUUGACUCGUUCCAAAAUAAUGUCUGGGCCACAAGGAAUAAUUAGCCAAUUAAUGGCCGGUACUGUGACAAUAAAAGCAAAAAGUAGGUCAGUACCGUAAGGGUUAAGCUCUUGAAGAAAAAGAUAAUAUUAAUUUUAUGUGAGUUAAGAAGUCAAUAUUUAAGUACAGUAAAAAAAAUGUUGUAUGUGCGUUAGAAAUUCAAUGUUAAGUGCAGUCAAAAAAUGUAAAAAUGCAUUCAUUCAAACCUUACCUGUUUCAGGCCAAAGCACCCCUGCCUAAGAUAAAUGUGGAGAAGUGUCUGGAUGCUGGAAUAACCAUGUAAUUUCCUUUUUUUUUAAAUGAACACAUUCAAUUUUACUUACUAUAAUGUGAGGUUCAUGCCAAUAUUCUUCUUAGGACCCCAGAGAAAUGGGAACAAAAGUUUAAGAUUUGCAAGUGGCUUUCAAUUGGAUUCUUUUUUCUGUGUUUAUCAUUAAUUUUUUUUUUUUUAUUGCUGUCACUAUAACAUAUGUUUUGUAGAAAAGAAGAAAAAAAAAAGGAUUUUUGUUCUAUUCUAAGCAAAGUCUUUUUUUAUGUAUUUAGUGGUCCAAUGGUUGGAAUGCUGCAGAGAGGUCAAUCUGUCGUGUUAGAAAAUGGAAGAGUUGUGCAUCCCGAGGAAGUCACAGAUAUCUCAAUUGCAGACACACGUCCUUUCUUAGGUAGGUACAUUCACCUUUGUCCUUUCAUGUUUUAACCCCACUUCUGCCUAUAACACUGCUUUUCGUCCUCCAAAAUUAAUGCCCUCUACUUCCCAUACCAUCACCGAUGGCCUUUGGUAUGCUUGUUCAGGGCUAUAGUAUGCUUGUUCAGGGCCUUAGCCUUAGUAUGCUUGUUCAGGGCCAUAAUAAUGUAACUCCCAUGCAACAGGACUGCUAAGUUUAUAUUAAUUAAAUAUAUUUAAAAAAAAUUCUAAUGAACAAUUUCAUAUUAUCUAUGGUUUUAGAUGUAUUAAAUAUAAAAUCAAAAUAUGUUCACAUUUAUGGUCCAGAUAAUGUUAUAUACUGAUCUGAUUUUUCAAACAAGGAAGAUAUUCACUAAAAUUGUUAUAUUCUUUUAUUUUGUACCUACAUACCCAUCAGUGGUGGGGGAAAUUCUAGGCGGGCAUGGGAUUGCUGUUCGUUUGAACUGAUGGAACAUCCUUUCUGGAAAACAUCAAGCAAGUUCAAAAUAUUUCCACAUGUUAAAAAAUAGAGGAAAUGGUAGGCUGCUUCUGAGAAAACUGUCCAAACUAUUCAUGCUAGUAACUGCUAUGGUUUUUUUUUCUUCAUUUUCUAGUCCUGGAAUGUCCAAGUUUAGAAUUUUUACCUUCACUCUCCAAAAACAAAGUACUGCAGGAAUACAUCACAGAAAAUCCAGAAAAAUCUUUUUCUAUUGUUAUUCAUAUGACACCAGCUUCAGUUUUCAAUAGCAAAGACUACCAGUUGUGGAUGAAGAGGUUAUUGAAACUUAAUCUGUUAAUUUUUCUUUGUAUAAUGAAUAAUAUUUUUAGCAAUGUUUCACAAAAAGGCUUCAAUACUUAAUAUGUAUUGGGAAAAGUAAACAAAAGUGUCUGUUAGAAAAUUAUACACACUACAAAGUAGAUAUGAAAUUACUGCAAUCUUUAAUCACUUAUUUAGCUUUUUUGUUUUCUUUGCAGGCUACAUGACAGUACAGACCACUUAGUCUUGAACAGCGAUGCAGUAGCAGCAGAUCUGAUCCGAGUGCGAGAUCAUCAGGCAAGACUUAAUUUGGUCAGCAAGGAUCUCUUUCCACUGCUUCCAGAAAUUGAUAGUGGAAUGACCAUAGAUGCCGAUCUGAAGGUUGACAAAAAAGAUGAGGAUGAUUUGAAGACAGAAAAACCAGAAAGCAAUUUUUUGGAAAAGAAUGGAAAAGUCAUGAUGGCAUUUUCUGGACUCCAUUAUGUAUGCAGAGGAAAGAGGAUUGGUUUUCAAGUGUAAGAUAUUUUUUUUUAAAUUUAGAUUGGAUUCAAUUUUAUUUUCUGCUGAAACCAUUCUUUAUAAUAGGAGAGUUCUUUUGACCAAUUUUUCGUUAAAAAGGAUCAAUACUUGCAUUAUGGAUUUAUUUGAACUGCUUAAAUAUAAACUUGAACGUUAGUCUGUGGCUCACUAUAUUAGUUUCUUAGUAGUAAAAAUAAAAUUUUAAAUGUUAUACAUAAAAUUCACCUCAUUUUUUCAAGUCUUUAGAAGUGAGUUUUCACUUAUUUUCAACAUACUCCUUUUACAGGGAAAUUGAUGAAUUCAACACCAGAAAUAUACAGCAACGAUACCUAGAUGUUCCUGAAAUUAAAAGGGAAUUAGACGCCUUGAGAGAAAAAAUGUCUGCAACACCCAUAAUUAUUGCAGAAGAAGAUGAAAAAGAAACUGAGGAAGGUAGUCAAGUUGUUGGCUAAGUAGCACCUGACAUUGCUAAACGAAUGCCUUUUUUUUAAAUAUUUUGGAUGAUAUUUUCAUGACACAAUGCUACUAAGAUAUUAUCUGUUUAAGAUUUAGAAAACAUUAGCUUUUUCAUGAUCCACUUAAAGGUAACAUCUAAAAAAUUGUCUGUUUUAAUUGUUCCUUGCUGCUUGCAGUGCUGGACAUGUGAUCUUACUUUUCAUUUUAAAUUGUGUCCAGCCUACAAUUACCUUUUUGUUUACUUUAUUUUCAAUGGUUUUAAAUCAUCAUGUGUAUAUUUAUUGAUUGAAUCAUGGUAAAAAUAACUGCUGAAAAUAAGAGAAAGUGAGAGGUGUGAGUUCUUAAAGUUAUUUACUAUUUCACUAUACCUCAUUUUCAAACAACAACAAAAAAAGUCACCCUGCCUCUCCAUACCUUGAAUGAAUCUGCGAAUAUGUUUUUUUUAAUAUAUAAAUGAUAUAAAUGUCAACCAGUUAAAGUGUAACCUGCAAUGGCAAAAUAUUUUUAUUUUAUAAUUCUAUUGUCUUUUCAGAUUGCACCACAAAGUAUCCAAAAGUUGCAUUUAUGGGGACAGGAUCCUCAGAGCCUAACAGGAUAAGAGCACAGAGUUGCAUUGUUGCUCAACUAAGGUCUGUCACAAUUGUCUGCAUAUAUUUCUUUUUGUUUCUUUAAAGUUUGUCCCCUUUUUGGUUAUUUAUGGUGUUUUGAAAUGUCUUUUUAAAAAAAUUAUGAUUUUUAUUUUGUUAAUUCUUUUAAGCAAGCACACAGUUGUCAUCUUGGAUUGUGGGGAAGAUUCUUAUGGACAAAUCUAUCGCUUCUUUGGGAGUGCCAAGGCUAACAGGAUACUCACAAAAGUCAAAGCUGUUUUCAUAUCUCAUAUGCAUGGGGACCAUCAUUUGGUAAGACAUUUUUUAAGUAAUUGUUUUACUCUGUAAACGUAAGAUUUCCAUGGUAAUUUGAAAUGAUGGGCUAUGAAUAUGAAUGUUAUAUAAUCUCGAUGGCUUAUAAGAAAAGGCUAAAGAGCAUCUAGAAAUUUUAGCACUGAAUGUUGUCUGCUAAUCAAUAUUAUGUAAUAUACAUUAAUAAAAUAGUUAGGUCAUAAAAUUGAUGAUGAAGUUUAUGUCUAAAAUGAGACGUGUGCAAAAAGUCCCAAUUUUUGUAUUAUACCAGAGUAAGUCUUUUUAAACAUUUUGUUUUAAAUUGAGAAUUUAUAUAGUGUUCAUUCUAAGCAAUAUUCUUUGAAAUUGUUGAGUGAUAGUGCAACCUUAUAAGCAGAAUUGUGUCUUAAUACAUAAAACAGAGAAGAAAUUUAAAAAAAACUAUCACUCACAAAUUUCAUUAUUCUACAUCACUAAAGCUAAAUAUUGACUUUUGCCUUGUUUUCUUUUUAAAUCUUGAAAAAAAUGUUUACAAUAGACUGAAGCAUAGCACCUAAUUAAAGUACUGACCAUCAAUAAAAAUUAUCCAAUUGGUUUUGUGAUGAAAAGCAAAUGCUGUUAAGUAGAUUUUUUAGUGUCAGUUUCAGAUUACAAAAUAAUAAAUGAAGGAAUUUGUUUACAUGGUCAAUGGUUUGGCACCAAAACAACUAUUUGUGACCCUUUUCCAAUGAUUAAAUUUUGCCUAUUGUUUAAAAAAUUAAGACUUUAAUUUUUUUUUAAAUUUAAGUAAGUCAGGUGACAUCUCCUACUAAUGUUGUUAACUUUUGUUAUUUCCUGAAUUUUAAUUCUCAACGUAAUGUUAACAAUCAAAUAGGGUUUAAUUACUUUGCUGAAAGAGCGACAGAAAGCCUUUGAAGAAAAACAAAAGGCAUUUUCCCCUGCUUUGCUGAUAGCUCCAAUUCAAAUGAGGAGAUGGCUGAAAUUCUACCAUACAGAAUUUGAACCUGUCACAUCUCUGUUAAGGUAUGGACAAUUUCAUUAUUUUCUUCCGUUUAAUUUGUAAGCAAAGAUCCUUUCAAGUCUUGCAAAUGUUUAAAAAAUUAAACAAAAGUGAUCGAUAAAAAUUGCUUGUAAUAGAAUAGACCAAAAUGCUCUAAUACAGUUAAUACGAGACAUGCUUUAAUACUCACAAAAUAUUAAAAUUCCAAUGUCAACACCUCAAAUGCUUUUCUAUUCGUAUUAUCAUUAUUUUAGUAUGGUCAUCAUGGCAAAUAAAACAGAUAUCUACAUUAUUAAUUUUUUUAAAGCUUAAGUUAUUUAUUUUAAUUAAAAUCUAUUUAGGAUUGAUAGUAAAGUAUUGAAUUUUCCUUAACAGAUUUGUAAAAUUGCAGACAUUGUUGUCUGAGUAUGAUGAUGGUGUGUCUUUGCAGUCUGGUUCCUUUGAGGACGUCUCAAGAGAGCUCAAUUUAAAGGAGGUGAUAUUGAUGUACACGGUCAUAUGUUUACAAGAUUGUCUGAGAAAUGGGAAUAAAGUCUAAUUAUUUGAAUGGGAUGCAAGUGGGUUUCAAAUGCAUUUCAGAUGAUUUCAUUUUGGCUACACAAUUUCUAUUUAAAUGAUCACUUGAGGUUAUUUUGUCAAUGAAAAUAUUGCUAGUAUUUCAUUUCAGAUCAUUGUAAUCUAUUUCUUUUAUUAAAGCUUUAACUUUAACGUCAGUAUUUAUUCAAGGCUAAAAAAAAAAAAAAUACACUGACAUUUAAAGCAAGCCUGAUUUAUUUUAGUCAUUAUUAGUAUUCGAAAAGUUGUAUCUACAUCAGUGAUGAAAUGAUCCACUCUUAACUUUACCUUUCUUUUCAGUUCAAUCCAGUUCCUGUUGACCAUUGCAACAAUGCAUUUGGAGUUGCCCUCACACAUGCAAAUGGAUUUAAAUUGGUUUAUUCAGGAGACACAAGACCCUGUGAUGCUCUCAUUAAAGCAGGCUAGUAAAUUUAUGUCACUUGUAUAGUUAAGUAAACCUUUAUGUGGUAUAAGGUUGAAAAGCGCAAAGUUUGUAAAUGGCUAGGAAAUUUUUCAAAUUUAAUUUGGUCUCACUGGCUUUAUUUUUUUUCAUUUUAAGAGUAGAAUUACUAAUCUUUUAUUACUUUAUAAGCUAUACUAUAAUUAGCUUAAUAGUAAAUAAUAGAUAUGUUGUUUGAAUAUAUAUCGGUGAACGCUCCUUCUGCUUCCAUGGGCCCACGUUCUGGAACCAGCUCCCCUUCCAUAUACGUCAUAGUGAAACCUCGUCCAGUUUCAAAAAGUCCCUUAAAACUCAUCUGUUUAGGUCCGCCUAUGACCUGUGAUGCACCCUCCUUGCCCUACCUCAUUUUCUGUAUAGCCAUUUUCAUUGUUUCUAUAGAAUAGUAGUUACUAUCCUAGUGUCUCAUUUUUAUUUUACUUAGUUUACAUGUUUUAAUAAUUGUAAAGCGCUUAGAGCUUUAUGAUAAGCGCUAUAUAAAAAAUGCCUAAAUAAAUAUAUCCCUUAACAGGUGAAAAAUGUGACCUCCUCAUUCAUGAAGCAACACAUGACGACAGUUUGUUGGCUCAUGCUAAAGCCAGUAAACACAGGUAUGGAGAAUUUCAGUUGCCCAACUUAGCUCUUUAUUAUGGUUACUGAUUUUUAUGACUGUUAUGGCAAUCUUCUAUUAUAUAAACAGAGCAUUAAGGAUACAAACUAAAUAUGUCGAAUAUAAAUGGCAUCCUUCUGUCUUUGCGAGACAAUGGAGUAGCUAUGUAGUCCUACACUUCGACGAGUGGCUCACUAGGCCAAUCCUAAAAUGAAAAUCUCUACUGCAUUUCUCGCAGGAGAAUAUUGAUUCCUGGUAAUAUUUUUAGCUCCGUUUUGUUCUUUUUGUUGCAAGGGCCUCAUUUCGCUUAUCUUCUGCCUUUUUUACUCCUUCAUUCACUGCUGUUUGCCAGCUGGAACGUUGUUCGGCAAUGAGCUCCCAUUCAUUGUUUUCAAUGUUGGCUUCCCUCAUGCUCCUUUUGCAAACGUCCUUAAGUCUGAGGCAUGGUCGUCCUAUAAGUCUUGUGCCUUCUGCCAACUAGCCAUGCAGCAGCAUCUUUGGGAUAUGUCCUUCCUCCAUUCUCCUUACGUGACCUAAUCAGCUAAGACACCUCUUGCUAAGAGGCACAACCCUGUUUUAAUCCGCUGCUGAUUGGGAAUGACUCAGAGGCAGCACAUUGAAGGUUACUGUGCAUGUUUUUGUGAAAUGACUGUAUGAUUGUGAGCAGUCGUGGGGAACAACCUAUUCUUUGCAAGAUACUGAAAAGGCCUCUCCGACUUACCAAGUCAUAUGCCUUUGUCAGGUCUAUGAAAGCAAUAUAAUGAGGCAUAUGCUGUUCAUGACAUUUCUCCUGCAUUUGGCGUAAUGAGAAUAUCAUGUCUAUUGUUUAGCACACACUCUGGAAGCCACACUGGGACUCUGUGUAGAUGCUGUUAGCCAGACUCUGCAGUCGUUUAAGGGCAACACGGGCAAAAGUCUUUCCAACUUAGCCAAAGAGAGAAAUUCCUUGGUAGCUAUUGCAAUCACUUCGGUCCCCUUUAUUUUUAUACAAUGUUACGAUGUUGCCGUCUCUCAUGUCCUGGAGCCGUCUCUCAUGUUACCACAGACAGAGGAGCUCAUGUAAGAGCUGAAGUAGAAUAGGUUUUCCCUUUUUGAGUACUUCCAGUGGAAUGCCGUCAAUCCCUGGUGCCCUCCCAUCAAGCUCCUGUAAAGAUGGCUCUUCAGUGGUCCUUCUAUUUACUUUCUUUGCCUUACGAAAAAACCUUGCUCCUCGUAAAGUGGCGUCAACCAGUACAGCUACUUAGCCUGGGCAGUGAUUUAUGGAGACCAGCUGAUGCCCAAUGCAGCAGAUCACCACUUUCCACGCAACCAGUCAAUACAGCUUGGCACUGACUGCGUCGCAGUAGUUGCCGAAAUGACAUUGUUAUCGAAUACACUAGUAGAAUAAAGGGAAAUAUUUUUUACAUAUAAGAUAAGAUUCUUCAUUGAUCCAAGUAAACGGAAAAAAUUUUUUAUUACUUUGUACAUAUUCAUUUUCAGCACAUAAAUAAAUACAUAUUUGUAACCAAGACAACAUUUUACAAUAAUAACAAUUUAAACACAAGACAUCUAAAGUGUUAAUGAACUCCAUUUGUGACAAUAAUAAAUUAAGACUUAAUUAAUGAUCAUUUAGAUUUUUUAAUCGCUGGAAGAGCCAGCUGGUAAAUUCGUAUAGACUGGGGAAAAAAGGAAUUUUUAUAUCUUUCUGUCCUAACUUUAAGAGAAAGAAUUUGAGCUGAUCUUAGGUAUCUGUUAUGAAGUGAGUGGGAUGUAUCAUCCUAAAUAUUUUUAGUUUUACUACAGAAUUUUUCUUUAAAGAGCUCUUUAUGUGAAGGGUGAUUAGUGUGUGUGAUAUUACUAGCUUUCUUGAUUAGUCUAUUUAAUGGGUGUUAGAUGCCAGAUGAUGAAUUCCCACACCAGUAGGUAACAAUGAAGUUUAGAAGUCUUCCAAUUGUUGAACUGUAGAAUAAGUUAAAAACUUUAUGGUUACGCCAAAAUUGUACAGUUUUUUAAAGAUAGAGAAGUCUUUGCUUUACUUUUUUUUAUACAGAAUGUGGCCAUGUUCAUGCCAUGUCAGAUUAUUAUUAAUGGUGACACCUAGGUACUUAUAUAACUCAACUUGUUCUAUACUGUGAUUUUUUUUUAUUGUGAGAUCUGCAAUUAGGUGAUUCCCCCGCCGAAAAUCAACAACCAUUUAUUUUGUUUUUGAGACAUUCAACUAGAGAAAAUUUUCAUCAUACCAACUGUUAAAGCUUGCAACUAGGUUUAGCUAUCAUGAGCAAAUUAACUGAUUGGAACGAUGUUGCUUGGUAUGACAUUGACAAAAUGAAUAGCCUUACAACUCAUGUGACGUAAUGCAUAAAGAGCACAUUCAAGGCUACCACUUAUUGAGAAGUACAAAAAAUAAUAAUAAUAAUAAAUGUGUGUGAAAUAAGGGGACUUGAAAAACCUUGAUACAUACCACCUCAUUUUUGUUUUAAAGAGAUGCGAGUUAAUGGCAGACAAUUGUUUUUAAAUUUUACAAUGAUAACUUCAGAACAAAUCCCCCUCUCUAUGUUUUACUUCUGUGUCAUAUUCCCAUAAAACAGUUGGGCACACUAACUGCUGGCUUUUUUAUUUUAUUGUAAAGUUUUUAUUUUACAGCACAUUUUCUGAAGCAAUGGAUGUUGGUAAAAGGAUGAACGCAAGGCAUAUCAUAUUAACACAUUUCAGCCAGCGUUACCCGCACAUGACUCCUUUCUUUGACAUGACAUUACCAAAAAAUGUUGGUGUUGCCUUUGAUAACAUGCAGGUCAGUUGUUUUUUUUAAAACAAUUUUAAUCAUGUAUAAAUUAAGUUAUAAACAGUUGUUUCACUGGAACUCACAAAAGAUAACAAUUGAUUCAUGUUUUCCUUGUCAAUGAAUGCUUCUUAGACUGGGAAACUUAUACAUGUUUUGUCAUUUUUUAUAAAAAAAGUUAAAGCUUAUACUCCCAUACCACUCCCCUGAAGUUUGAAAAUUGCAUUAUAAAUAAUUAGUAUGUUGAUAUUGUUUACAGGUUUGUCCUCGCACUCUUGGCCAUCUCCCCAAACUCAUCCCAGCUCUUACUGAAUUAUUCGCUGAUGAGCUCCAGAGACUAGAGAUAAAAAAUAUUAAACGUAUACGGGAACAGACUGAGGCAGAAACAGAAGAUGCCUUGAAAUGUUGUGUGAGGAGCUAAAGGUCGGCUUGACUUAUGUUUAUUUGCCUCUGCCCCUAAUAUAAUUUGUUAACUCAUUCCUUACUGCUGUGUUGCUUCCAUACAUGUCAUAUACUCCAGAACAAAGGGAAGUAACUCCGAUUUGCAAUUUAUGUACAUUUGUAAAAUUAUAUUAAUUUAAAGCUGCUAAAUAUUAAUUAUCUUUAACAAAUUAAGGACAGUUACAUCCAGAAAUGAAUUAGGUUUAGAAAAGUAUUCCAUUAAAAGUGUAAAAAUAAAACACUAUUAAAAAAAUCAAUUUUUGGCACUUCAGAAAAUUUGAGCUAUAGAUAGAUCCACAUACUAAAGCACACAUAGAUUGAAAGUGAAACAAGAUAAAAACUUCUUUCUUUAUUGAAAUUGUGCAGAAUCACUCAGUCACUGGAAUUCUCAAGGGAGGAGUGUGAUAGGACUCAUUUUGGAUGCAACUGUGGGAACCCCUGAAUGAUGCAUUUAGUUGCAACCACAGGGAAUGAGUUAGCGGCUUUAGUCUAUUUGGUGAUUAAAAAAUUUUAAAUGACAUUAAAUGUACAUGAGCUCUGAUGUUAACUUGUAAUAAUGUUCUGUAAAGUGCUAUUUAUUAAGGUGAGUGUCAUUUAAAAUGAUUUUUGUAAACAGACAAUAAAGGAAUUAAAGAAAUGUGAACACUUU